GAGAGUCAGAAUCCCCCCUCCUCACCCCCCACAAAAAAACAAACAAACAAAAAAAUAAUACACACAAACCGUGUUUCUCACACAAAGCACACACACUCACUAAAACACGCAGCGUUACUAAAUGACCACAAGGGGGCAGCACACAGCAGCACUUUGGAAUGACCUGCUGAAAGGAUGCAUGGAAUCUAAAACAAGCAGUAUUAACUUCCUGUUUUCUUCUUCUUUGUAAGUGAACACGUUGGCCUGCAGCACACUAACACACCCCCACCCCCAAUCUGUCUACGCCGGACCCCCGGACUACCUCAUCGUUUGGCUGGUUCUGUUCGCUGUGGCCCUCAGGUUCCUUCCUGGUAGCAGUUGGACAUGACUGAGGGCGCCACAGCUCGUACUCUUGAUCAUUUCUUUAGGUCGUUCAGAUCACCUGAAGCUCACAGAAAAAACAAUAACAUCUCGCUACCUUUAGUUGGAACUUUGGGACUUUUUUAAACACAUUUUUUACAAAGUGAUGGAUGGAUUUGAGGUUUAGAAAGGCAGGUGGUGUAAAUGUGAUGUGCUGCUGUAACGACUGGAGAAGGUGCAGAUGUUUGGGGCUAACCUGCAGGUGGUGAUUUUAAAGUAUUAAAAGUGGCUGGAAUUUAAAUUUGUAUAAAUGUUUUUGCACUACGAACCGUUUCCCUUUUUCAGCUGGCGUGCAGGAAAGUAAAUAAUUGGUAGUUAAGCUAACAAAGGUUGUGGCGGCUGCUUUUUGUAAGUGGAAUGUAGAAGCAAAGACAGAUGGGUAAUGUAGUAUUUGGUUGAUUUUGAUUUAUCAGAGGGAAUAGACUGUAAGAAACCAGCAGACUCCUGGUUUUAUUCGUGUUUUGUCACUAAUAUUUAUUUGUUUUUCUUGAAUUCAGAUAAAGAAACUGAGUUUUCUCCUUUUUUUGGUGGAAAAUUUUUUGUUUUUAACUGUUUGAACGACUCAGGAAACCUUGAUCGGCUCAAAGCUGCACAUGAUUCUUGGAUUUAAAUUCGCUUUGAGUUUCAAAUUAAAGGCCCCUCAUGUCGGGCAUUGUGCCAUCUAGUGGUGACGCUGCGAAUUACAACACACUCAUCCUCCCCUUUCAUUGACAAAAAAAAAACAGUUUUUGGUUUGUCCUAGCAGCAGAUUAGGGUUGAGAAGAGGAACCGGUAGGUUUGUUUCUUUUAAAUGACUUAAAACCUGCAACCAGAACUGCUAACAGCUGGAAUAAGGACAGGUUUUUAUUAGUUGUGAGUUCAGUUUUGUCCCGUUACAUACAAGAGAAAUGUGAAAUAUUCCCUCCUGUGUUCAUUAAUAACAAUUCUGGGAACUUUAGAUUUGAACUGAGUGCAGUGUUAACCGUGUAGCACUGUGAGUGUGUGUGUUUUGUCGAACCGCGGCAAAAACAUUUUAGUAAAGGAGAAGCCGACUGACAUUACUCUGAUACUACUCUCAUUAUCUAUUUUUAUUGAAAUUUUAUAUUAAAGUUAAGCUUUUUGGGGGAGUUGAAAUAAGACAAAGCACAUUUUUAACAAACGAGCAGUUUCGUGCCAAAAUGUAGAUAUUAAAAUGUUUUCGAGCACAAUUUCGCAAUAAGCUCAUCGGCCAGCAGGAGAUCUUUCUGGGAAAUUGAAGUUUUAUCGCUCGUGUUUGGAGGCUUUUCUGCAGGUGGCUGUUUUGGAAAUGAAAUGUUUAUUUUGUCGUCUCUUUUGACACUAACCCUGUGGACUUUAUAUUCUAAUAACCAAGCCUUAUUAUACUACUCUUCAUUUGCAAUGUGUAUCUUUUUUUCUUUCCCGAGAUGGAUUCCUGUUCUUUGUGUUAAACCUGUUAAAAUUUGUUUGAAGCAGAUUUGCUGUAUUUAUAACUUGUGGCAUUCUUGAACUAAUGAAAUGCAAUUAAAGAUGUUUAUAUUUAUUACUAAUUUGGAGCUUUUUUUUAUUUUAAUGUGUGAGUGAAUGUGUUUUAGAAAACUGGACUGAAUGUGAAUGGCUCUCAGCUGCUACAACUUACAAUUUUAGCUCAAGGUUUGUAAAAUUGACUGAGAUAGACUUUAAUGUUUGUUUGUUUUUAGCUCAGUGGUUCUCGGUAGCUUGUGGCGCAUGCGCAGUUGAGCCGGUCGGACCUGCUCAACCGCGCAUGCGCAUAGCAGAAAAUCACGCGCGUCAAACCUCACGCCGCAGCGGCUGCAGAUUUUACGAGUCGGACAGGAGAGGUUCACGCGCUGCAACAUGUACGAAAAAAAGAAAGGAGACUUAGCACCGGGAGGGAGAAGAAAUCUGACUUUUUAAAAUUAAUUUGAGUUUAAAGAAACGUUUCCUGCAGAUGCAACCUGUCACUGAAACCCGGCAGUAAUCUGGUUUUAUUGCAGCAUUUCUCCCGGAGGCAGAGGGGACUACAAUGACAACCUGGUGAAUGUUAUCGGGAUGGAGUAAAAAAAAAAAACCGUCGCAGGGAUGCGCAUCCACACAAGGAGAGCAGAGAUUUCUCCUCGUGGAUUGAUCGUUUCCUCCUCCAGCCUCCUCCUGCUGCCGGUGUCGGUGUAGAAUGGAGAGCUCCAAUGGUUCCGAGUCCAAACCGCAGAGCCACCAGCUGGAGAAGAAGCGGCUGAACCGAGCGCCUUCCCCGGCCAGACCUUUCCUGAAGGAUGUGCACUCCCGCUCCAACAAACCACCUGCCAUCGGUCCCAAAUCCCCCAAACUCGGCAAGCAGCAGUCCGCCUCCUCAGCUCAUCCGAACCGCAGCUCCAGGCGCAGCACAGCCGGGGCCAAAGACAAACCAGCCCCGGUGAAAAGUAGCUCCAAGUCCACCGCCGCCAAAAAGCCCGUGAAGGCGCCCCAACAUGCAGCCGCUGAGCCCAGAGCCCCCGGCAUCAAACCGGACAGCACCAGCAGUCCGGUUCUCAACAAACACAAGAAGGGCAAACCAGCCUCGGGCUCCACGGGCCCGCCCAGCCACGAGUCUCCGAUCCGGGUACCGACCGGAGCGCCUCUCCGGGUCAGCCAGACCGACAGCAGCUCAGACCUGUCGGACUGCCCGUCAGAGCCGCUGUCCGACGAGCAGAGGCUGGCGCCGGCCGCCAGCAGCGACGCCGAGUCCGGUACCGGCUCGAGCGACCGGGACCAGCUGGUGGAAGCAGCCGGUGGUCCUCCGCGGUGCUCCGGCGCCAAGGGGAGCGUCACGUCUCAGGCUCAGCCGGGUCCGGGACAGAAACCCAAACCGUCCACGGGCUCACAGCUGAAAGUGUCAGGAACCAGAGAGGAGGAGCUGCUGAGGGAAAUAGAAGAUCUGAGAUCUGAGAACGACUACCUGAAGGAUGAAGUGGAGGAGCUGCGGGCCGAGAUGGAGGAGGUGCGAGACAACUACCUGGAGGAGGAGGUCUACCAGCUGCAGGAGCUGCGGAGGGAACUGGACCGGGCCAACAAGAACUGCCGCAUCUUACAGUACCGCCUGAGGAAGGCCGAGCAGAAGAGCCUGCGGGUCGCUCAGACGGGCCACGUGGACGGGGAGCUGCUGCGUAGUCUGGAGCAGGAUCUGAAGGUGGCCAAGGACGUGUCGGUGCGUCUGCACAACGAGCUGGAGAGCACCGAGGACAAACGCAGCCGAGCGGAGGACGAGAACGAGACGCUGCGGCAGAAGAUCAUCGAGGUGGAGAUCUCCAAACAGGCGCUGCACAACGAGAUGGAGAGGAUCAAAGAG